AUGCAAAGCCCAUUUAACAAUGGGGGUCACACUAUUGGGCCUAAAGCCCAAAACCACCCUACUUCUAUGAUUCGCCCAGAUCGUCAAACAUUAUAUUGGAGUGCCACUUGGCCUAAGGAGGUUGAGCAACUUGCUAGGCAGUUCCUUUACAACCCUUACAAAGUGAUUAUUGGUUCACAAGACUUAAAAGCUAACCAUGCAAUACGCCAACAUGUUGACAUUGUUUCUGAGAACCAGAAAUAUAACAAAUUGGUAAAGUUGCUGGAGGACAUCAUGGAUGGUAGCCGAAUACUGAUUUUCAUGGAUACUAAGAAAGGUUGUGACCAAAUUACCCGGCAGCUUCGCAUGGAUGGAUGGCCUGCUCUCUCAAUUCAUGGGGAUAAAAGUCAAGCAGAAAGGGAUUGGGUCCUCUCAGAGUUUAAAGCUGGGAAGAGUCCAAUAAUGACUGCAACAGAUGUUGCGGCUCGUGGUUUAGAUGUCAAGGAUGUAAAAUAUGUGAUAAAUUAUGACUUUCCGGGAUCUCUUGAGGAUUAUGUUCAUCGCAUUGGUCGAACUGGAAGAGCUGGGGCAAAAGGAACAGCCUACACUUUCUUCACAGCUGCAAAUGCUAGGUUUGCCAAGGAACUGAUUACCAUACUCGAAGAGGCUGGACAGAAGGUCAGUCCUGAAUUGGCAGCUAUGGGUCGUGGUCCACCUCCUCCAUCAGGACAUGGGGGUUUCCGAGACCGUGGUAGAGGUUACAGUGGUGGUCGCUCAUGGAACUAAUUUAUGAAGGGGGACUGUGAGCUUGGUCUCCAAUACAAAGAAACGGCGGCCAUCUCAACUUGCAGAUGAGGGAAAACUUGUAUGUUUAGAGGAUAGAUUUUAGGUGUUAUUGUUCUUAAUAUUUAACUGUUUUCUUUUUUCCCAAUUACUGUUUUAUUGGUAUCACUGCCUUGUAGAAUCAGAGGCCAUUAGUGUUACUACUAGAUUCUGUAAUAUAAACUGUCAAACUCUCUGUACACAACAUUUGCUGAAAGAGCAGUUUUUGUUCAUCAAAGAAUCUUGACUCUUAUAAUCAAACUAGUUUCUCAGUUUCUA